CCUCUUUGCUCCCAGCCGCUGGCGAUGCAAAGCGGUCCACUGGCCACGGCAAGCUGGGGGAAAACAGCCCAACCCGUACGUUUUGCCUAAAGCAAAACGCUUGACUCAGGCUGCAAUUAGAUAAUCAUACUAACUAAACUAAUCCAAUAUUCGCAGACUCAGCGCCAGCUACGCAACUGGAUAUCUGGACGCCUGUCAGCGUCAGAGGCGAAUGAAAAACGGCGCGAGCCAUGCAUCUAUCUCAAGCGAUAGUGAACAUGGAGAGGGGAAUGCAUCUAAAACGAUUCCACUUCGCUGGGAGAUGGAAAAAGAAAGGAGCAAGAUAACAUGGACGAGGACGGAGGAGGAGGAGGCGGAGGAGGAGGAGAUCCACGCGCGGGGUGGCGUGCGGUCGCGCCUGCUGCGCGACGACGCCUCCUCCAGUGCCGUCCGCCGCGGCCGGCGCGCCCGAGGGCGUGCAGCGGCGCCGGGGCCUCAGGCGACGGAGUACGCGGAAGGAGGCACGGCGGUCAGCUGGGAGGGCGGCAUGGCGGACAGCUGGGAGGACGCCCAGGUGGGGCGUUGGUCCUUCACCGCGGUCUCCGCCGUGGUCGUGGCCGCGCUCACCGCC